CACACGCGCUGGAAGUAAUCCUGUAUAAGGAAUAAUAUCGAAAUAUAUGUUUGCCGAGAACUUUAGCUAGCCAACGGUUAUUAAAUGCUAGCUAAUCUUGCGCAUGUGCGUUGUACUGUUGCGUCUCAGUGACCUAGCUUGACCGUAGAAGUUGAAAUGUGGAUCUUUGUGAAAAAGUUUCAGUUUGCAUAAAUAGUGGGGAGAGUACAGGGGGUAGCAGGAAAGCCAAAGUAAGACAGGUGGUACAGAAAAGUAACGUUACCCUGUCAGUAUUUUAGGCGUUUCUCAGAAGACGUAGACCUGGCUGCGUAGUUCUUAAGGUGUUUGUUAGUGUAGGCAGGUAAGCUAGCUGUAUAUGAGGAUGAGGCUGAGCGGUGUCCUGGUGUGUGUGUUUCUGCUUUGGGUCGAAGGGUCACGGGGUGACACACCAGCCAACUGCACCUAUGAGGACCUGCUGGGGACAUGGGUGUUCCAGGUGUCCAAAGGCGGACGCGACAAGACCAUCAACUGCUCUGCUGAAGCUACAGGUGCGAGCACGGUGACUUUGACCCUGGAGAAACUGUCUGUAGCCACAGAUGAGCUGGGGCACACUGGCUUCUUCACACUCAUCUACAACCAGGGCUUUGAAGUGGUCAUUAACGGAUACAAAUGGUUUGCCUUCUUCAAGUACUCUGAGGAUGGCCCUAAGGUGACAAGCUACUGUGACCAGACCCUGCCAGGGUGGGUCCAUGAUGUCCUGGGACACAACUGGGCCUGUUUUGUAGGGAAGAGAGAGAAACCAGUACCACCCCGACGAGAUUACAAACCAGUGUUUAGCAGCAGGCUGCUCCAGAAGCCUUACAAACACAAUCUGGACUUCAUUGAUUCCAUCAACUCAGUUCAGAAAUCCUGGAAGGCUGUCCACUACCCAGAGCAUGAGACGUACACUCUGCAGGAGCUGCACUACCGAGCAGGGGGGCCCGCCUCCCGUAUCCCCAUGCGUGUAAGCCCUGUGCCCGUGAAAGCUGAUGUAGCCAAGAUGGCAGCAGCUCUCCCUGAGCACUGGGACUGGAGAAACGUUGACGGAGUUAACUUUGUCAGCCCCGUGCGAAACCAAGCGUCAUGUGGAAGCUGCUACUCCUUUGCUACCAUGGGAAUGCUGGAAGCUCGCGUUCGAAUCCUCACCAACAACAGCCAGGCGCCCAUCUUCAGCCCGCAGCAAGUGGUCUCCUGUUCUGAAUAUUCCCAAGGUUGUGAUGGUGGGUUCCCAUACCUGAUUGGGAAGUAUGUACAGGACUUUGGCAUUGUGGACGAGUCGUGCUUUCCAUAUGUUGCGAAGGACUCCCCGUGUGGCGUUCCUCAAAACUGCGCCCGUGUUUACACUGCAGAAUACUACUACGUCGGUGGAUUUUAUGGCGGCUGUAGUGAGGUGGCCAUGAUGUUGGAACUGGUCAAGAAUGGACCCAUGGGAGUGGCCUUAGAGGUCUACCCCGACUUCAUGAAUUAUAAGGAGGGCAUCUACCACCACACAGGUCUUGCAGACGCCAUCAAUCCCUUCGAGCUGACCAACCAUGCCGUGCUGUUGGUGGGUUAUGGCCGCUGCCACAAAACCGGAGAGAAGUACUGGAUUGUCAAGAACAGUUGGGGCUCCGGCUGGGGCGAGGACGGCUACUUCCGAAUCCGCCGGGGAAGUGAUGAGUGUGCCGUCGAGAGCAUUGCAGUCGCAGCCAACCCUAUCCCCAAACUGUAGAAGCUGUGAUCUCGGGAUGGGAGGAAUGGGUGUCUUGAUGAUUAGUUUUAAUAGUAGGGCUACACGAUAUAUUGUUUCAAUAUUGACAUCGCGAUGUGUGCAUGUGCUAUAAUCACAUCGCAGGACGUGCAAUGUGAAGUAAGGCAAGUUAAUUCAAACACGGGGUUGCACUUCAUCAUCAGUUUUUCAAACAACCAAAGCAGGCCCCACUAAUCACCUACCACAACCUGAAAAUGAGCCCCGCCUGCUUUUAGUUGUUUGAUAAACUGAUCAAGUGCACCCCUACAGUGGAUCACCUGCCUGUCAACAUGUAUGCAACACUGCUACUGUCACAGAUAAUGUCGUAAAACGUUCAGUUACACAAGUCGGCUUUUUAAAACCUGAGUGCCAAUUAAACACCUGUCCCUUUUACUGGCCUGGUGGGGCUACACGUUUUGACAGAAAAACGCAGGUCUCAGUUAGAUGCCUGAUUUAGAUUUUUAUAGAAAGUUCGUUGAAGCCCACCGGGUCGCCCUGCAUGAGCUUGUUCUAAGCUGCUUAGAUCACGCAUAUAAAUAAGUGUUUAAACUUAUGUCAAUAUGGAUAUAUGCUAGUUAGAUUGGUUAGAAUCUCCACAAUUCAAUCAUUCAUUUUAUGGAAACCAUGAGCACCAAAGUAUGAUUCUUUCAGAUUGACCGAAUUAAUGAUUUUAUAACUGAUAUUAUUCAAUAGCUUAAUUGUUAUACAAGUAGUAUUCAUGGUUUAAAUAAACAAUUUGAUAGUAGCCAAUUUCCCAUCUUUUCUAAACACGACUUUUGCAGAAAAGGAAUUCUAGAUGCCUGUCCCAAAUAUAUAGGCAGUCUGGGCUGUUCAUUUAAGUUUUACAGUAGAUAAAUCAGUUUGUUGCUCGACAGUUUCACCAGCCUUAGCUGCGCGGUGAGGCUUGUUUAUCUUCCAUCACUGAAAACUGGAAGUAUUUUUUUUUUUUCCUAUAUCGUGCAGCCCUACUCAGUAGUGCAAGUUUAGAUUUAUAACCUAUGUAGCUUAGCUGUUUACAGUGUAUGCUUGGAAAUUUAAAGCUAAAGUCUAAAAUGGCACAUGUUUGUCUUCUUCCUCCCUAAUCUAACACGUGGAGUUAGCUGUGACAAGCAGUGCAUGAAAAUUGCACAAUAUUAAGAUGAACAUUAAGAAUCUCCAGGAAACCCUGGCUUAUCCAACGCCCAACCACUGUAGCAAAUACAAUCAUAAAUCACAUAAAUUACAAGCAUAAAUUGAGGCACAAAUAUCUCUUUUGUUUGUUGUUUUUUUUUUGUUGUUAAUUUUAGUACUGAUAGAUACUGUUCACAGCAGUGGUUCCUUUAAAUGGGUUCCGGGAGACUUGAGGGGGCUCCAGAAUGUCCCCAGCAAAAAGGGAAUUACUUUAUUUUCACUAUAAUUCCAUCCAAAAAGUAACAAUGACAGAAUGUUUCAUCCACUUUCUAUAAUAAAACCUCUAAAAGCAAAAUUCAGGUCGGCGACCAUGGGACAAAAUCUUAUCAAAUGGGGGUCUGUGGUCCAAUUUUUGUCAGUUUAGUGAUCCCUGAUGUGAAGAAGUUUGAGAACCAGCACCUUAAAUGUUGCCUGUAUUGGAGGGAAACAUUUAUUCUGCUCUUUCGAUGUUUUUUUCUUCUUGACCUAGUACCAAAGACUGUUGAGCUGAUUUUACCACAUCAGCUUACUAUGUUGCUUUAACGUUUCCUGAUUUCAGCAAUCACUCAUUCGCUGCCUAUGGAAGAUUCAAAUAAUUCUGUAACUGCCGAUAGAAACGUGGAAUUAAAAUGGGUCGGUACAUACUGUGACAAAUCAUGAUGUGUAGAAAAUUCUUGUUUUAAUUUUAAAGGGAACUGACAACUGAGGAGUGGGUCAUUUGUGUUUGCUCGUCUAGUGCACCCAGAUUCUUUGUCUCAGGGAAGCACAGUGGAGAGCUGUAAUAUCUUCUGUCCUUGUUUCCCUGUGGAACAUUUUAAAGGGAUUUCAUAAUCAAUUAAUAAAGGGAUCUAACUGAUUCUAGUGCCUUUUAUUCUGCCUCUCAUUCAGUGUAAACAAGUGUUCCCAUUGUAUUGUGAAAAUUGCACUGUUUUGUUUUUUAAUUUGACAGAAUAAAAACAUUUUCAAUUCA